AACACAUACAGAAUGCCUCGCCCACUGAUAAGUAUCCACCGGAUCAUACCCCACCACAAGAUGCGCCGCACACACUUCCCUUCCCUCUCAACGACCUACCUGUUCCCCGCCAUCCUCCUCAACCCGCCUUUCCUCCUCCAUCUAAUCAACACUUUUAUAUCGCGCCUCGUACACCAGCCACCCAUCACAUCCGUCUCUCCACACCCGAUCAUGGAAUCCAUGGGCCCAGUUCCGGGAUCGAAACCAUAUCUGGAUAUGCAUGCCGAUGAUCACUUGUGUUGGCGCUACGCAGUCUUCAUGGUUGUGCUACAAGUCCUAGUGUAUGGCAGGGUUCAGGUCAACCGCAUAAGGACGAAGAGCCGGCUUCGGCAAAUGGAGAGGAAGACUAUGGAAACAGAUAUAGUACCGGAAGACCAGAAGCUCAUAUAUAAUGUGGGUAGUGAACAUGCGGUGGGUUUCACGGUCACUGCAGUUGUGGAUGGGAACGGAGCAACCACCGGUGCAAAGAAAGCAGAUAACAGAGAAGCAGCGGAUCCAGGGUGCAAAACGCCUAAAGAUUGAGAGCGAAUGGUCAAAGAAGACGAGUAAGGAGGGGGUGUUUUUAUGAUACCCAUAAUCCCACUGCUCAGCUUCCUUUCCCUAGAAAGCAUGAACGGGAUAGGCGCAUUCGAGUGUCUCUUUUCUUAAGUCGAACACCUGACGGAUACGCAUUUUCUUGAAUGGCAGGAGACAGCGUGGCGUUGGGAUAGGCUAUCGUGGUACAGAGUUCAUUUGUUUGACGACUGUGUAAUGAGAACGAUACAUCGUUUGCAAGUUUACAGGUCAAUGUUUCGGCGACGGAUGUGCAGAAGCUGCUCCAGUCAAAACCUAUGCACGUG